AUGGUGAGAUUGUCGAACUUGGUUGGCAAACUUGAUAUUAACCCUUUGAUCCAGGCGACCGCUGAAACUGUAGAUUUGGGCCCUGUUCACCCUCCCAAGGAGGACUCCAUUACAGCCUUGGAACAGAUCCUCCCCGAGCUCAAGAAGACUCUUGUUCAUCUCCGCCACGACUAUAAUAAGCACGAACCAGAGUACUUUGCAGCAGCUGAACACCUCUCAGACCAAGACCUUGUCGGUUUCAGCGCUGAUGACUUCGAAGCUGUCCGUGUCGCUACAUCAGCCUACGGUAUCCAUUUGUUCGGCAAGCUUCGCAUUCCCGCUUUACCUGACCCUUCAGGCCCAUCUUAUAUUCACUUCCGUGUCUUCAUUGGCGGUGGUGAUGAGCCCCCCAAGCUCCAUAGCAUUCACACCGAGGAGCGCGAGGAUUCAGGUGGCGGAAAGACCUACAGAGCAAUUUUCACCAAGAAUGAUGAGCUUGAGUGGUUUGAUACCUGA